AAAUGCGACGUGAACGUGAUUCAAAAAAAAAACUUUCUUGAAUGGAUUUCGGAACCAAAGUGGAAUCGGAACGGUGUCGGAGCUGCGCUCUUGUGUAGCUAAGCAUAAAAUUUUUGUAUUUAAUUCCAGUUAAUUUUCCGUUUGUUUUCGUUUUGUUACGCGCAAACAUAUUUCAGUUUCGUGGGAAUUGCUGGUGAUGGUUUACGUUUAGCGAGCGACCACAGUUCGAGUCUCGCGUGACUUCCCGUUCGCAAUUGGGACUUCGGGGGGCCAACUCGUUGCUGCGUUGUGUCAAAACAAAAAAAAAGAAACAUAAUUUCUGGCUGGCUGGGGAAGCGGCGGAGACUGGCCCACGCACGGUGCACAUCGUCCGUUCAGUGAAUAUUCGACUUGGGAGCGCGUUUUUGUUUAUAUCUCGUCGUGGUUUCUGGUUUGAUUUUGUGUGGAAUCUGCGAGCGCAGACCCGGACAUUUGCGGCGUGCGGAGUGGCGGCCGUGAGGCAGACAGACAGUCGGCGGCUGGCGAAGUACCCUGAGAGCCCGGAGCCCCACCAGCCGGAGACGGUUCGUGACGGGUAAAGAAAUUUUGGACGUGCAUCGCGUAAAACAAAAUGGCAGUUGACUGGGUGUGAAUGAACGGGGACGGCUGGGAACGGAACAGAGGUUGUAUUUUUCGUGGCCGUCGUUGGAUGGUUGUCGUCGAUUUUCCACUGAGAAAACCCAGAAAAUGUGCGAAGAGGUCUAGCCGGAAUAAGAGUGGCGGACGCGGACACGGUAGCGACUUGCCCGGUUUAGUGUGCACCCAUUCAUGUUUCCCAAUAAAUCGUUUUCCGGAUUGUGAUAUCUCCCCCCUUUCCGUAGAAAUCCACUGUGAGGUCCUGCUCCCUAUAAUUUACUCGCCGCGAAGUUUCACGACUUUGCCGUGACUGUGAUCCUUGCGACUGGCAAAAGGGCAUGCAAGACGUAGCCAAAGCUCGAACGGGCCGUGUGACGUGAAGCUAAUUUUUCAGUGUUUGCCGCGGAGUUUCGUUUUCCCCCAAAGUUGUCAGCAGGUGGACGACAGCCAGUUUUCCUCGCAACCAAUUAAAUCGUUCAGUUUGUCGACGACAAAAAGAUUGUUGAGUGGAAUAUCAUCGGAGCUGGCAUUGCGAGCAUUGGAUUGCCGCUGGCUAGCCAAAUGCGAAGAAAAUCCGGAGAGUCUGCAGCCUGGCAUCCGACAGAGGGUCCGCAGCGAGCGCACUGUUGUCAAACUUUGAGUCGUGGAGCCUGAGCUGGUGCGGGGCAUUUUGUGAUUUUGCCAGACGUGUGGGCAUGAAAAACUAAUUGACCGCUUGUCAGCAUAAUUUCCUUCGUGGGCACAUCGGCAGCCUCGAUUAAUUGAGGCACGACAGUCGCAGUCUCGACAAGUGAAGAAUUUCGCUAAGAUUUACGUUGGAUUCGGUGCCGUUUGGAUUAGUUUCGUGAACUGAAAGACAAACGUGAUUUAGCGCUGGCGGUGGAGUGGCGAUGGAACAGCUCAUUGUCACUGUGCAACGUACUGUAGCCUGUGACCCGUCCAAUCGCACCCCCGUCUCCCCAUCGGCCCGGUCGAAUUGAUGUCCUUGCGCCAUUAGCAAACAACCAUGAGCGAUGCGUAUCGAAGUGGCAAUAGAACGAGGAGAAACAUGUCUACCACCGAUUAAAAAACAAACAAAAUGUGCAAAGAUGACAGAUGAGAGCGACGCGACGAUCAUAAAAAAUGGCAUAAAUGGAGCAGUAGCUGGAAUUGGGGGUGGAGGCGGCGGCGGCGGUGGCAGUGUCGGAGUGGUUGCCACCACGGCGACGGCGAUUCACGUUAGCCGCGGAAACGCGAUAAACUUGAGCAGUGGAAGCGGCAGCAGCGCGGGAGGGGCAAGUGCCAACAGUCAGCGGAUGCAAUAUACCAGCGGCGGAUGUCCUUCGGCUGGAAGCGAGUUGAGCCCGGCACAGUCUAAUCAGGAAUCUAGCGCGACGGCGCACGUGAACAGUAGCGGGAAUAGUAAUAGCGUGGAAUCGGUGCGAUCACCAAAUACAGGCUACGGAGGAAGGUUGCAAUUUUUUAAAGAUGGGAAAUUCAUACUUGAAUUAGCUAGAUCGCGAGAAGGUGAGAGGUCAGGAUGGGUUUCUGUUCCCAGAAAAACAUUCUGGCCGCCCUCAGCUUCAACGACGCCAGCAACUAAUUCAACUUAUCCGAAGAACGAAAGUUCUACUUCACUCAGCUCAUUAAUUACAGUUUCAGACGAUAACAGUUCGAUUCAGUCAUCACCGUGGCAACGUGAUCAUUGCUGGAAGCAAGCUACACCUAGACGAAGUAUUUCUAAGGAAAUGUGUAUGUUCUUUAAACGAACUAAGAAGUUCACCUUAUCCUUGGACGGAUAUAAAACUGCUCAACUGAAAAGACGGCGACCACACGAUAAUUCAAUGUGUAAAAUUCCAUUUACAUUGGUGAAGAAUGGUUUCAUUAAAACUGAAUUGAUUGAUUCGGUUGAUAUUAAAACGGAGGUGGAUGAAGCGGAUGGUCAUGAUGACGAUGAAAAGAGAAAGAAAAGUCCCGAGGUAGAUGGUGCUCCCGCGGUAAAGAUGGAAGAUGGCGAUGUCAGCCGAAAGAAGGGUGUGGACCAGGAGCAAGAACGGAGAAAACCGAAAACGCGAGCAAAGCUCAGUACAAUAUUGGAAAAAUUAAUUGAUAGAUUGCCCACCGGUCUCUACUAUUUAUCGAAAGUGAAUCCACCGCCCUCUAGUGGAAUGAUUAAUCACUUCCCUGCCUCGGCUCGUAUAACAGAAUUGCAUAAUCAUCAGCAGCAUGUCUCACCACGUAAAAGAAUACUCAGAGAAUUUGAAAAGGUAUCAUUAGAAGAUAACAGUACAAAGCGUUCUAGGGCAAAAGCGAAUGCUACAAAUGCAUUAGCAACACCUGCCUCCCCGUCAUCGAACUCUUCAAUCUCUCAAAUUGCAAGUUCCACGUCGACGCAAAGGUCGACAUCGUUUUCGAAUAGUAGCAGCACUAAUAACAAUAACAGUCAAGUGUCUAACGGCAACGGUAACAGUGCGACGACAGAUGCCAACUCGAACAGUAAUUCGAAUCGAUUGUACAGCAGUUACAGCAUACAUUCCUUAUUGGGGAACACGACUAGUAAUAGUAAGAAUGAAUCGAACUCCAAGGAUCAUAUGGACUCAUCGUGUUUGCAAAUCAUGCUCACCUCUCCCAAUUCUUCUGAGACGUACUACUCUAACCGAAGCACGUACACGAGCAACAGCAGCAAGCGUAAGUCGCCAAAUUAUAGUGCAACGCCCGAUCCUCAUAAUCGGAGAUCGUCGAGGGAGUCGCCAAAUAAUUACGGGCCUAAUUACCCAUCGGAGUCAAGUCUAAGUCCCGAUCCUGUCAGUCGAUAUAAACAGUCAGGCAAUGCAGGCACUGGCGCGACGAGUUUCCACCCGUAUUUGUCGUCGCCGAAGUAUUCAUCAAAUGCUGCCUCGCCCACUAUGGUGACUGAUGGUUAUAAACAGAAAUCUGGAUACUCGACUGGAUCGCCGAGUCAUUCGCAGGUGCCAGCGAAGAUGCCUACGAGUAGAAGUCCGGUAGUCCCAUCAUAUUCCCAACAGUCGCCGCAUAGUAGUAAAAGCUCGAAUCCGAAUAAUAAUCGGUUUAGGGAGCAAUCCCCAGCAGAAAGUCCGUCGCCGAGCUCGUCGUCUUCGGAUCGGCGUGACGGAACCCCACGAACAGUGCCAAAGAAGACAGUUGCAUUCCGUCAACAAUUCUCUUCGCCAACUUCCUCUCCUAGUGUUGUCCAAACGUCAGCAGCUGAAUCAUCGAACAUUUACAAAAGCCCAUCCGAACAAAAAAGAAAAAGUGCGGUCGUUGACGAUCAACGGACACUCUCGCCUGAAAGUUCUAAACUUUAUCAAUCGGCACUUGAUCAAUUGGAUCCACAACAUCGCACAAAUCUCAUACGAGCAUCUCCCGUUUUACCACAAUCACCUUUCUAUUAUUUACACCAACCUCACGGUUCGCCUGGACCACAUACGAGCCAACCAUCGUACAUUCCUCCAUUACCACCAUAUUAUCCUAUAACGCCGUAUGCAGCAGCCGUUGCAGCUUUACGUAAUCCAUUAUGGAUGCAUUACCAAACUGCUGGUUUAUUACCAGGACCAUCAUCACGAAUACCAUUCCCAUAUAAUGGAGAUAGCGGCUUAGGACCACCACAUCCGCCAACCGCUCCGCCCGGUCUAUCUUCAAUGCAUUUAUCAUCUGGCCCAAUGCCAAUACCAUCAUGGCCAUCAUCAUCUCUCAAUAUGCAAAAUUCAGCGACUGAUGAUCCGGUCUCAUUAGUUAAUGUUAAAGAUGAACACAAUGCAGAUGUUCCACUGAACUUAUCAAAGCACUAGAGAUUUGGAUCACUACUUUUUAACGUUUAUUGUAAGGGUAAAGUAUGUAUAAUUUUGGAGCAAGUAUUGUUCUAAACAUUAAUAUUUUCUAUGAGUAUAUAUUUAUCUCCAAAAAUUCGUGCGAAUUAGAUCCACAAGAUUAAGCGAAGUCGAGUAAAGUGUUUAUUUUAACUAGAGGACAGAAGCAUGUGUGUAAAAUAAAUUAUUUAGAGACGUAAGGUUUUUAAUUAUUACUAUUAUUGCUAUAUCUAUUUUUUGUAGAAAGAAUCUCAGCCGUUAUGGUUUUUUAUAGACUGAAUAUACAAAAGAAAAAAAAAUAUAAAAACUGAAACACGAAAACAUUUUGUAUAAUACGAAAAAAACUAUAUAUAUACAUAUAAAACCUUAUACAUAUGCGACAAGAGAAAAUUCCUCGGUAAUUUAUGUGUCUGAGCAAACAGACAACAUGUGACGCAGAUAAUUGAACAGAACCAUUCGUUCAUACACACACACACGCAGGAUAAAAUAACUAACAAUUAAAUAUAUUCUACACUAAAGUAAUGUGCCUUUUGCAAGGAAACACAAUUAAAUUUAUAUGGACUACGAGUAAGGAGGAAACAAACAAAGAAAUGAAAAAAACUUGAAAUCGAA